AUUUUGGCUCGUAGCAUUGCGUUGAAGGGGACUUGCGCCGUCUUUUUUAUUGAGAAGAAGCACGGGAGCACACGCAGGUUGUGUGCUGGUGCAGAGAGAUCAUGGUGCUUUUGCAUGUGUUGUACGAGCACGCGUCUGGAUAUGCCUUGUUUGCUGUUAAGGAGGUGGAGGAGAUCGGCAUGCUACUGCCUCAGGUUGAGAGUAGUGUGCUGAGCCUUGGCAAGUUCAACAGUUUAGUGAGCCUGGCUGCCUUUUUCCCCUUCAAGUCAGCCCAGGGUGCCCUGGAGAACAUAAAUGCCAUUUCUGAAGGUGUAGUUCAUGCAGACCUGAAGUUGUUCCUUGAGACGAACCUUCCUCACUCUGGCAAGAAGAAAGCUGUGCUGGGUGUGGGAGAUGCCAAAAUUGGAGCUGCCUUACAAGAAGAAUUUGGCUUUUCCAUCCAGACCAGCGGUGUUGUGGCAGAAAUAAUAAGGGGAAUACGCCUGCACUUCCACCUGCUGGUGAAGGGGUUGACUUCUGAGGCGGCCUCCAAGGCCCAACUGGGUCUAGGUCACAGCUACUCCAGAGCAAAGGUCAAAUUCAAUGUCAACAGGGCGGACAACAUGAUUAUCCAGUCUAUUGCUCUGCUGGAUCAGCUUGACAAGGACAUCAACACUUUCUCCAUGCGUGUCCGCGAAUGGUACGGUUACCAUUUCCCCGAGCUGGUCAAAAUCGUGCCCGACAACUCGAUGUACUGCCGCCUGGCUCAGCUUAUUGGUAACAGGAAGGAGCUGACGGAUGAGAGUGUAGAGACUCUGGAGGAAGUGGUCAUGGAUAACGCCAAGGCCCAGGCCAUCCUAGAGGCAUCCCGUUCCUCCAUGGGAAUGGAUAUUUCCCCCAUCGACCUGAUCAAUAUUGAGAGGUUCUCCAAUCGUGUGGUGUCUCUGGCUGCCUAUCGGCUGGAGCUGCAGGAGUAUCUGCGCUCCAAGAUGGGCCAAGUGGCUCCAAACCUGGCUGCUUUGAUUGGAGAUGUGGUGGGUGCCCGUCUGAUCUCCCAUGCUGGCAGUCUGACCAACCUGGCAAAGUACCCCGCGUCCACCGUCCAAAUCCUGGGAGCCGAAAAGGCCCUGUUCAGAGCCCUAAAGACUCGCGGCAACACCCCCAAAUACGGCCUGAUCUUCCACUCAACCUUCAUCGGUCGCGCUGCCGCCAAGAACAAGGGCCGCAUUUCCAGAUACCUGGCCAACAAGUGUACCAUUGCCUCUCGCAUCGACUGCUUUUCUGAGUUGCCGUCCAGCGUUUUUGGUGACAAACUGCGUGAACAGGUGGAAGAGCGCCUGUCAUUCUACGAGACGGGCGAAGUACCACGCAAGAACGUUGAUGUCAUGAAAGAGGCUGUGAAGGAGGCUACUGAUGUUGCUGUUGAGAUGAAGCGCAAGCUGGACAAACAGGAGAAGAAACGCAAGAAGCGUGAAAAGAAGCUGCAAGAGCUCCAAGCAAAUGGCGAUGCUGAGGUCAACGGAGAUGCUGAGACGCCUGUAGCGAAAAAGAAACAGAAACAUGCGGCUGAGGAAACUCCUGCUGCAGAAAAUGGAGGUGACACUUCUGCCAAGAAGAAGCGAAAGGCUGAGGCGGAGGAGGCUGAUGAGGUAGAGGAGGCCGAUGCUCCUGCCAAAAAGAAAAAGAAGCGAAAGUCAGAAGCAGCUGAUGCGGAGCCAGCAGAGGUUACACCAGUAACUCCAGUGUCUGAGAAGAAGAAGAAAAAGAAGAAAAAUGCGGAGUGAAGAAUGAGUCAGAGACUGAAUUAUUUUUGUGUACAGUUUUUUUUUUUCUUUCACUCAGUUUGACUGAUUUUUAUGUUGUACCUGAAAGCAGGUGAGAAUAUACAGAGAUACUUUACCUGUGCCUUCAAUUUACCUGAAAUGUUCUUGUACUUAUGUAAAUAAAUUGUCACUAUUUAGUCAAGUAAAUGCUUUUUGUUCUCAUU